AUCUCCUCAGGGAGGACUAAACAUAUCAGAAUAGAGGUCGGGAAACUUGCAUAUGUAUUUGUAUGUUUCAUAUAUAAAACCAGGAUGGAUGUAAACUUUACGCUCCCAGAGCGCAACCUGGUCAGCUUUGGCGCGCUGGCACAGCGGCUUUUUGAGAAUAAGUCGCUGUUUUCUGUUGGGAACGACACGGGCGCUCCCAGAACGGAGGAAGAAGACUUGGAGGUUAACACUGACAUCUACUCUAAGGUGACAGUCACUGUCAUCUAUGUGGCUCUUUUCGCCGUGGGCUCUCUGGGCAACUCCAUCACUCUGUACACCUUGCUGAGCAAAAAGAGUCUGCAGAACCUACAGAGCACCGUGCACUACCACCUGGCCAGCCUGGCCGUGUCUGAUCUACUCAUCCUCGUCCUCUCCAUGCCCAUUGAGCUCUACAACUUCAUCUGGUUUCACUAUCCGUGGGUGUUCGGGGACGCUGUGUGCAGGGGUUACUACUUCCUCCGGGACAGCUGCUCCUACGCCACAGCGCUCAACAUCGCCAGCCUGAGCGUGGAGCGCUACAUGGCCAUCUGUCAUCCAUUCAAAGCGAAGAGCAUCAUGUCCCGGAGCCGCACUAAGAAGCUUAUCAGCGCAAUGUGGAUCGUUUCCUUUGCGCUCGCCAUUCCGAUGCUCUUCAUCAUGGGCCAAAUCACGCGCAACGGGGAGAAGAUCUGCACCACCACCGUCUCUGCUGUCACCAUGAAGACCGUGCUGCAGGUGAAUGCAUUCCUGUCCUUUGUGGUACCUAUGGUUGCCAUUUCUGUGCUGAAUGGGGUCAUAGCCCGUCAGCUGCUGCGGAUGUUCCAAGAAGCUGAGCAAGAUAACCGUGUGUCUAUCACCAGAGGAAAUCCUACCAUGCUAAACAUUACAGUGGAAUCCAACCGUACUCAGUCGCUUCGCCAUGGAGUUCUUGUCCUCCGAGCUGUGGUCAUAGCGUUUGUGGUCUGCUGGCUGCCCUAUCAUGCUCGUCGCCUCAUGUAUUGCUACGUCUCCGACUGGUCAGAUGACUUGUAUGACUUCUACCACUAUUUCUACAUGCUGACCAACGUGCUGUUCUACGUCAGCUCAGCCAUCAACCCAAUCCUCUACAACCUGGUGUCGGCUACAUACCGCCAGAUCUUCUUCGCCACGCUGCGAUACUCCUUCAUGCCCUGCCGCCACACGCCCAGGAGGCAGCUGCACCCACUGACCCGCCACUCCAUCAGCAUUUCCAGCAACCACACCUUUUCCACCAACAUCAUCAAAGAGACAACAUACUGAACGGCCAUACCAUAGAACCAUUUGCUGCUCCAUUGUGGUUCUAUUUAACGUUGGGUAACGUCGUGGAACUGUGGUGACCAUCAUUUGUCGUCUUGGUGAAUCAAGUGCCCACCCAGAGACCGCUGCAUUUUGACUUCAGACACAUUGUGUUGUUACUUCAUCCAGUAUUGCAUGAAGAAGGAAAAAAGUACAUGGACAUUUCCAGACAGUCGGAUACGGACAUAGAUAUUUCAUAGAUGUUUAACUGACUGGUUCAAUCAUUCUUUGAAGUAAACCUUUUGUUCCUAUGAUGUUAAGUAUGAACUUCAGAAACUCCUAAAAGUUGUUUCUCUAUAAACAUGGCCUUCAGCAAUACUUUUAAAGCAACAGCAGCCAUGGUGUAACCAUUUUCGUGGUGUUGUCAGCUUCUGCGGAUAAACCUGACUUUGAUGUCAGAUGAAGAAAAACAGGGUAAAGGGUGUAUUUUUCUCUGUAAUCCAAGCAGACAUCUGUGGACGGAAAACCUUUCAUCAUGCCCCUUUUUACUCAUCCUACUUGUGUUGGCUUUAUCCAAGCAAAGAAUCGUUGCCCAGCCUGCAGGAGGUCCUUGUUGUACAGCUUACACUCUUAUGAUCGUGGUGUUUUUUUUUAAUCCACCACAGGAUAAUGUUUAUUUCUGACAUUAUUUUUCAAUAUUCAUAGCUGCGUUUUGCAAAACCUGUGAAAGCAUGGCCAGAACAGAGGAGGCUGUGAUUGAUUAUUGUAUUUGUGCAUAACUUUAUGGCAGAAAUCAUACACUUGCUGUAAAUAAAGUCAUUUGUAGACUCGUG